AUGCUGCAAGUCUAUGCAGCAGCUUCUGGUGACUUGCUGGCAGCGGUUCCGGUGCUAGAACUGGAUCAAAAUGCGCCCUUUAGGUCGCUCAAGAAGUGGCUGCAGAGACAUCACGGCCUUCCAGAGUUCAUGUGCCAGCUUGUGCAUGGCACUGGCUCCAAAGCCGUGCAAUUGCAGGCUGAUGCCGAGCUGCGAAGUCUUGUCAGUGCUGAGGUGAAUGUAGAGCUGGACCUCCUUCUUCUGCCUCAUCCCCCUGAUGGACAACCCUUCUCAUCUAAGCAAAAAGGCGAGGCCCUUCACUGCCUCUGUGCCUUUGAAAGGCUACAAGCUGCACGCGCCUUAAUACAGGGUAGUGCCAACCCGGACUUCCGGCUCAGUCGCCUCACACCUUUAGACGUGGCCCUCAACAACAGUCGGUGGGAAGUCGUUCGAGUGCUGCUGGAGGGCGGUGCUAGCAAAGUGCGAGAUGUGGAGCUGGGUCCCAACAUCAACAAGGAAUUGGAUGGUAUGACCCCGCUCUUCAAGGCAUCAAAGACGAAUGAUGUGCAGAUGUUGCGCCUCCUUCUGAUGGCCAGAGCAGAUACGAACAAGCCUUGUGGUAUCGACUAUGACACGCCGCUUGGAAUCGCCUGCAGCCAAGGCUUUGCCAAGAGCGCAGCCAUGCUGCUUGAGGUCGGGGCUUCCAUUGCCAAGCCUUUUGGAAGCGAGCCGCUGCUUCGAGCAUGCCGAGAGGGCCACACGAACGUGGUGAGCCUCCUACUACAGCAUAGAGCGGACAAGGACCAGGUCUUUCGACCAGUAGGUUGUACACCAUUGAGUGUUGCUUGUGAAUAUGCCCGUGUUCAAGUCGUCCAGCUACUGUUGGAACGCCGUGCCAAUCCUCGCAAAGUUUUCAAUGAACGUGAACCUGGUCCUCUAUAUAUGGCAUGUCAGACCGGCAACCGAGAAAUUGUAGAACUACUUCUCCAAGCUGGUGUGUGCACGGACCAGGCUUGUGGCUUUGACCUUGAUGUCCCUCUCCAAGUCGCAUCUCGACAGGGCCACCACGAGGUUGUGGAGCUGUUGCAGCAGGCGAACGCGAGCUCGGACAUUGUUGGCCCUGCGUCAUAG